CCCAGUCGCCUCGCCGUCAUUCCGCCUUCCAGCCGCUCCGCCUCCCAUUUCCCCUCGCCGCCCCCCUCCGGUCGUCCGGCGUCCGCGCUCGUGUCGCCGCAACUCCAGCGAUGUGAUCGUGCAUCGUCGGCUAUGGCAAUGCCAACACCGCGUGCUGCACAGGGUAGUCAAGCCGAGCCCACUGCCGGUGCCGCUGUCUUGCCUGAAGAUGUGCUGCGUGACAUCCUCCUGCGCCUGCCGGCAAAGACGCUCUGCUGCUUCCGAGCCGUGUGCCGAUCCUGGAGGUCCUUCCUGUCCGACCCGCUCUUCAUCGCAGCGCACAAGUCAAAGCACCCUGGGCCGCUCAUUGUCACAUGCAUCCGUGAUCUGCUCGGAGACGGGGGAGGGACCAUUAACAUAAUGGACUUGUCUGGCCAUGUCGUUAGGCGGAUGACCACCAGCAUAGAGGAUGCCACAUUGCUGUGCACACGCCUGGAUCUCAUCUGUGUCACCGGAGAGAAGGACUGCCACACAAGCGGUCACGUAAUUGACCCGGCCACAGGGCAUACUCUGGCUUUGCCCUACAAGCGCGCACAGGAGCACGCGCAUGUCAAAGCUUUCUUCUCCUAUGCAUUUGAGUUGGGACAGGUUGUCUCCACGGGAGAGUACAAGGCCCUCCGCUGCGUUAGCGUCGAUAGCUCGUGUCACGGCUCCGAGCCGAUGAUCUCCGAGGUCAUCACCCUUGGUGGUGGCCGUGGCGGCGGCGAUCGUCAUGCAAGAUGGAGGGAGAGACCAUGUCCUCCGUGCCCUGUCACUAGUGGCUCGAAGAAAAGUGUGGUUGUCAAUGGAGUUGUCUACUUCUUGUUGGAUUUCGGAAGCCACCGCUUUACAUAUAGUGGAGACCGCGUCGAGCCAUGUAGCAUUGCUUGUUUCGACCUCGAGGCAGAGGAGUGGAUGGGCACGCUCCGAGGUCCACUCCAAGUGCGUAACUUUAUCGAGGCCGGUAAUGGAAGGUGUGAUUACAGUGAUCUAUUCCGUAAACUUUCGUUGGUCAAUAUGAAUGGGUUCUUGGUUAUGGUACACGAUCCUAUGGGUUACCCUUUGGACCUGUGGUUUUUGGUUGACAUUGAGAAAUGUCUCUGGGAUAGAAAGUACAGCAUUGGUUUUCAAUACGAAAAUCUCUUUGCACAACCCUUGCUGGUUCUAGACGACGGCAGAAUAGCCAUCGGCACAUCAGAUUUGCUGCGAAUAUAUGAUCCGGUUUCAGAGAGUUAUACUGAAUUUCAGAUGGCAGGCUCCAGAUUGUUUGCUAUAUACACAGGAAAUCUGUUGAGUUUGAAGAGCAGUUUUACCUCUGAGGCUAAACAUUGUACAACAUGCGGGUGCUACUUUAUCCCCGAAGCCGACCAACAUUGCGAAGAGUGUAUGUGGCAUCUGUAUUGGCUGUCGGUGGAUCCCGAUUCAGAGUACCACAAAUCACGAAUGCCACUAAGCUUGAGUGUCAUCCCUCUUUUCCCUGAAACAUAGUUCUCAAUUUCAGCCCAUUUGAGACGCAGGUGGUGUGGUGUCCACUUUCUAGAGGUCAUGUAUCGUUCGAGAUGUAUUUAGUCUAGACUGCGCGUCGGGUGCCUUAGUUUGUAACAAGAUGCAUGUUGCCAGACUCAAUGUUUUGUGUUUUCAGUACUAUUUUGGCGCUCUAUAUGCUUUUGUUGCAACGCAACUUUCUAUUUUGCCAACAUCAGUGUUGGCGGGUCCUCUUGUGGUUUGGACCAGCUGUGUUGUCUUAAUGCAGUGACCCGCUUGGUUUAA